UAACAGAAAGAGCUUCGUUCCUGCACGGCCUGCGGUGAGCCAAUAUCGGACAAGUUCCUGCUGGAUGUCGGCGGCUGCUCGUGGCAUUCCGCUUGCUUACGCUGCUGCAUCUGCCACACGCCUCUCGACCAUCAACCGUCCUGUUUUCUGCGGGAGCGACAAAUCUACUGCAAGGCAGACUACACCAAGACAUUCGGCACGAAGUGCGUUCGGUGUAGCCGCACGAUCAGCGCCACCGAUUGGGUCCGACGGGCCCGGGAUCUUAUCUUCCAUCUUGCCUGCUUCGCCUGUGAUAGCUGUGGGCGCCAGUUGUCCACCGGAGAACAAUUCGCCCUCGUAGACGAUAAAGUGCUGUGCAAGACACACUACUCCGAGAUGUUUGACUGCGGUACCUCGAGCGACGAUGGUUGUGAGGCGGAUGGAUAUCAGAAAAAUAACAAAACAAAACGCGUCCGGACGACCUUCACCGAAGAGCAGCUGCAGAUCUUGCAGGCCAACUUCAACAUCGACAGCAACCCGGACGGACAAGAUCUGGAGCGGAUAGCAUCGGUGACUGGCCUCAGUAAGCGGGUGACGCAAGUCUGGUUCCAGAACUCCCGCGCACGCCAGAAAAAACACGUCCAAGUUCCUAGAGAGGGUGAACUGAACCCUUUCGCCAGGCACAUCAACCUGCAGCUUUCGUACACCUUCCAGCAGUCGAACGUGCUGCACAGUUCAAUGCAUUUCGGUGCUGGUGGGGGCCUCAGCAAUGGGUUGCCCUUCGGCGGUGGUAGCUUCAACGGUAGUCAUCAACACGCUAGCAAUAAUAAUAACAAUAGUAGUAGCAUCAACAACAAUCACUCAUCGAAGUCAUCCGCCUACAGUGCACAAGAUUCCUCCCUAGAUGAACUCUCGGAGGACUCCGCCAUACACUGUAUGCAAAGUGAAGCCUAG